AUAUAAUCUCAUCCGGACCAGCUGAAUGAAAGAACGAGCUGAACAUUGCAAAUAUUAUCAAAUCGUGCAACAUGAUGGUGAAAUAAUCGACAUAGAUCAAACCAAAGGAGACAUGGCUGGAUUUGCUAAUAGAGACGUUACGGGAGUCGUGGAGAGUGCGCACAAAGACUUUCAAUCAGGACAACGGUUUGAUUUUGAACCAUCAAAGAAAGUUAAGAAUGGUCAUUGGAGAAGGCUUUUGAAGGAUUUCAGCUCCACGACAACCGUGCAUGGUGUUCGACAAAUAGGGGAAAAUACUCCGUUUUUUAUUAGAAGGGUAGUUUGGCUCUGCUUGGUCGUAACAGGUUUUGCCUUGUUCACAAAUCAAUUGAUUACGAGCUUUCUCUACUACUUUUCUUACCCGAUGUCUGUAACAGUAAAGAUAAACUACAACACAACAGUGACGUUUCCAGCAGUAACCAUUUGCAACCAAAAUGCAUUCAGGGCAACUGUCAUAGAAAAGCUCGGCCUAUAUACAGCACUUACAGAAUUAUACACUGAAAAUUCGUCGAGGACAGUCGAACCAUCAUUUAGAAAUCUUUCCCUGCGUCAUCUAUUUAAAAAUGGUGGCCAUCAACGAGAUGAUAUCAUACUGAGUUGUCAUUGGAGUGGCAGAGAAUGUAAUCCCGAAGACAUUACGACAACCUUCACGGAUUACGGCACCUGCUAUACAUUCAAUCAUGGUAGAAACGGAAUUCCUAUUCUGGAAUCAAUUCAGACUGGUUCAGCGUAUGGUCUCACACUUCGGCUUAAUGUUGAACAAUACGAAUACAUGAAAGGUCCGAACAGUGGAGCGGGUGUAAAGAUACUCAUUCAUGACCACAAUGAAAUCCCCUUAGUUGGAGAUCUCGGACAGGCGAUACCUCCUGGAAUGCAGGCAUUUGUAGGUGUCCGUAUGCUACAGCUUCGAAAUCUUGAAAGACCACAUGGGGAAUGUGACGACUCUAAGCGACUUGAACACUUCGAUAACUACUCCAUAGCCGCCUGCCACGUUGACACUAAGGCUAAAUACAUCAGUGAAAAGUGUGGGUGUAGAGAUCUUUAUGUACCACAACAUAAGACUCGUCCAUUGGGGUUGUGUGACCUCUACUCUUAUUUCAACUGCAUCAUGACGUCUAAUGCGGAUGUUAAUGCUAUGAAAGGCGAAAAUGAUUGCCCUUUACCGUGCAAACAGACACAGUUCGACCCUACGAUAACAUAUGCUGCAAUAUCAAACCACGAUCUUGAAAGCUAUCUGAGCGGAAGUCAUUCCAAAACUGAAUUGUUGAAGGAAAAAUUCUUAAAUGCAAGGGAAACUCAGCAGAGAGUACAUCAUGAUAUUGUGAAGCAUGAUACAAUGCUGAUUGAGAAUUUUGACAAUGCCACGGAUGUCAUAAAGGAAGUCCUACAUGAUGUUGUAAAGCAUAUUCAUGUGUUUUCUACAGAGUGGGGCGAAUCUAUGUCUGAAAUGUCCAAACGAAUCUGGUUUCAUUAUAACCGUGGCCUUGUACCGUUACUCUCGACGGUAGACAGAAACUUUGUGAGGGCUUGGGAUGUAUUGAAAGAAAGAACUAUUUCCCAUAUGACAACCGGAUUUUAUGCAUUUAUCGAUUCAUUUUCUGAUGUCUUGAGACAAUUGAUGGAGAUUCCAUUAAACAACACAAACUCGAGAGAAAAUCUAAAGAUGAUCGUUCAACGAGAGAUAAAUAUAAGAAAACUAUUAGCUAGAAGAGGCUAUGAUAAUAUGACAAGGAUUCACAAUGUGUUUGGGCACGCAGACCCUUGGUUUGUUUUUGAGAAUUCGCCAGAUCGGCGGUAUGAUAGGGAGUACAUAUCAAAAGAUAUAUUCAAACACUCUGAACGGGAUGAACUGGACUGCUACACAAGCCUUCGAACACAUUUAGAAAUUUACAUGGAUUGUCUGGAUAACUUCACUGAUAUUUUGUCAUCUGUGUUUGCGACAAAUGAAGCCAAUUGGACCCACAUACAAAAAACACAAGAUGCGUUUGCCUCAAAGGCAAGGAGCAUUAAUUACAGACUAUAUAUGUAUGAGCAAGACACUGUACUUGUUACAAGUAAGGUACUGCAGAAAAACAUGGAUAACUUCAGUAAUACAAAUAUGAGUUUCUUUCAAAAGGUUGAGUCAUUAAAUCAACAGCUGGUAAGUUUGACCACAUCUGCAGUGACACUAAACACUUCAGCAUUGCUAACUCUGCAGCACAUCGCUAUAUUGGCUAACCAAUAUACAGAACGAGGAAUAAACAAAACUCUUUUAGCCAAGACAGUUUUACAAGAGGAAGUAUCUGAUGCGUGGCGGAAAGUGAACUUAUUCUUCUCAGAUCUUAGAUCACGUGAACGUAAUAUAAACGACAUAUGGAUUCAAUUAAAAAAGGACGCAUUGACAGUAUGGUCCAGUAUGCUCUCUGAAAGAGCACUGCGUCCGUUUUAUCAAAAGAUAAGAGAAGAUGUAAAUAUAGUACGUUACAACGAAAGUAUGUAUCUGAAAGACGUGUUCAGACAAAUGUUAAACAUCCCAGCAGACGAUACGAAUACAAUGACUUUUGUCGAAAAUAACUUGGAUAUAUUUUUGAAUGCUGAUUUCCCAGUAAUAAACUUGAAUGAUAAGUUGAAAGAGGUCGAAAGCCAGUACCUUAACAUCAUUGAUCUCUUCAAUGCAGGGAAAAUCGUUGGAAAUGCGGAUGGAGUUUUUAUGAAAGCUUUUGAUGAUCUACUUACAUCGUUGAAAAGAUAUGAACAUGAUAAUGAAAUGGGAACAGACUUUGUAAAAGAGAACUUUCUGCAGAUGAAUAUCUUCAUGAGGGAACUAAAUUACGAACAGGUAGAACAACAAAAGGCAUAUGAUCUAACAGCGCUUUGGAGUGAUAUCGGGGGAUCACUGGGUCUAUUUGUCGGAGCUAGUGUUAUCACUAUCUUUGAACUGUUAGACGUUGGUCAUAUAAACAUGCUGGUAAUCUUGACAGUGCUGGUCUCGGUGGCCCUGCUUGCAAAUGGACAGUUUGUUGUCCCCGUACCAACUAUCACCGCUCUGUCUCCCGGAAUAAGCUUCUCUAUUCCCGACGAAAAUGGGAUAACAGUAGUCGGAUACCAUUAUAGUAUCAACGCAGGCUUAGGAGGAACGGCCCCAGGUCAAUACAACUUCGACGUUAACUCAGCUUCAGGUGGUUUAUGGUUACAUGAAAAUACAGGCGUUGUAUUGAUGAAUGGUGACGUAGUCAAUUAUUGGGUAUACGUCAAUAAAGACGGGGGUGGUUACCAGUUGCUUGAUCAGUCAUGGACGUAUGAUGACGGUAGUACAACUGUAGCGCCAACGUCAAGCCCUGGGGGUUGCAGUACGUACCCAUGUCUUAUAUUCGAGGAUAACUUUGAUAGUCUCAACUAUGAUAACUGGCAACACGAUAUCACUGCAGGCGGUGGUGGGAAUUGGGAGUUUCAAUAUUAUACGAACAAUCGCUCCAAUAGUUACACUAAGGAUGGAAAUCUUUACAUAAAACCCACUCUUACUGAAGACAAAAUCGGGGAUAACAAACUUCAAUCAGCGAACUUAAAUCUCUGGGGAGCGAGUCCAUCGGACCUUUGUACCGGUAACCUAUGGGAGGGAUGUGAAAGAACAGGAUCUGCUACUCGAUACAUCAACCCGAUACAGUCUGCACUUCUCAGGAGCGUUGAUAAGUUCCACUUCACCUAUGGUCGAGUCGAGGUGCGAGCCAAGAUGUCACAGGGAGAUUGGAUUUGGCCAGCAAUAAUGUUGUUACCAAAUUAUGAAGAGUACGGCAGUUGGCCAGCAUCUGGCGAGAUUGAUCUCGUUGAAGCAAGAGGAAACAGAUUCUUGGUUGAUAGUGGCGGUAAUUCAAAGGGCAUUGACAAUGUUGGUUCUACAAUGCACUGGGGGCCAUUUUGCUGUGAGGACCGAUAUGACUUGACAUAUGGAGAAAAGACCUUGACAUCUGGAACUUUCGGCGAUUCGUUCCACACGUAUACAAUGGAAUGGGACGAAAAUUCUAUCCAGUUCUGGAUAGAUGGCGAGAGCAUAAUGACCGCUGACCCCGGACCAAAUGGUUUCUUUAAUUUUGGCGGAUGGGACCAACGGUUCGGUUCAGAGACAAAUCCCUGGCAAAACAGUCCUAACAAAAUGGCUCCUUUUGAUAAACCAUUCUACCUGGUGAUGAGAGUGGCAGUAGGGGGUACCAAUGGAUUCUUUAGUGAUGAUUUUACAAACUCCCCCUACCGCAAACCUUGGUCCGAUACAUCCUCUACUGCAGCCAAAGACUUCUGGUUCAAAAGAAAUAAUUGGUACCCAACAUGGGAGGGCGAAGAUGCUGCGAUGCAGGUGGAUUACGUAAGAGUUUGGAAGAUGAAAGCUUGAUUUUGAUUGGGUAUAUAAGCCCACGUGCACUGACGACGUAAAGGCCCCGGAUGUUUAAUAUCAACCUAAUGAAGGACAAGGACAACAUAUAUAUCGAAGUAUAAUAUGACGCAGCGGCGUCGCUACAUGUACAUAAAGUACGAACAUGAAAACCUGUAUGUUUAAGUGUAAAACAAUAUUUCGGAAGGUUAAUACAUAACUGGAAUCGAUUAUUAAUG